CACAAAAUGAAAUGAAAAUGGCCGACUAAGUAUAGAAGCGGCUUGCUGUCAAAAUAUUAAAAAUAAAUUAUAACGCAUUAGAGCAACUUUUAUGUAAUUAGACGAUUGUAAUGCCACGUUUUAUCGUAUUGACCGGAUGAAUUCAGUCAUCUUCACUUCGAAUGCUUCAAAAUUGGACUCGCAAAGGUCAUUUACACCUUUGCCAACUCGCUUCGUGUCUGCGUUCUGAGGCACCAGCGGACGGUCAGGUAGCGCUCAAGAGACCGCCGGGAUGAGUGAGGACGGCAGCGAGGGCUCGGCGACACCGCCGAGGCCGCAACGGCGCAUCAAGAAAGUGAUGGUGCUAUCAUCCGCCUCAGAGUCCGACAGUGACGAGAGCGAUGGCCCGACGCGGACCCGCAAGAGGCGCCUACGGGUGGUGAGUGAGGAUGAGGGUGCCAGCAGCAGCGGGAGCUCUGUAGGCGCGCGCCGGCGCCGCGCGCUGCCUCAACUACGCGACUCGGACGCCGACAGCGAUGGCUCAGUCGGCCCGUCCCCCUCCGCCCCUCCCAAGCCUGCCUCAGGCUUCGCCUCCGACAGCUCUGAGGGCAACUCAGACAAAUGCUCCAUCUGUCUUAUGAGAUUUACAGAACAAGAAGUGGGCACACCUGCGAACUGCGAGCACAUAUUCUGUUUAGAUUGCAUCACAGAAUGGUCCAAGAAUGUGAACACUUGUCCAGUGGACCGCAUCACAUUUGAUUCCAUAGUUGUGAGGACAUGUGCGGGUGGAAGGGUGUUGCGUUCGGACCCUGUUCAGGUCACAGACCGCCGCCCCUCUGUGGAGAUGCUUGUCAUUGAGGACCCAACUGUUUGUGAGAUCUGUGGCAGUAUGGAGAAUGAAGACUCAAUGCUGCUGUGUGACGGCUGUGACCUGGGUUUCCACAUGCAGUGUCUCGCACCUCCACUACUUGAAAUCCCUAUAGACCAAUGGCACUGCCCAAGCUGCAUCAGCCGCGGUCUGCACAACAUUGGAAGCUUGGACGACAUUAUAUAUCUCUCGGAGGUGGAUGAUCUCUUCACUGGCAUUGCUGAUAUGGAGCUCCCACAGGGCCCACGCGCUGUGCCUCUCAGACAGCCUAGGGAAGUUAGAAGGUCUUCUAGAAACCAAUCGACGGAGGAGCCGUCCACCUCCUCCGGCCGCCGCGGUGCGCCGACGGAUGCGGCCGGCUCCCGCCGCGCCCGCGCACCUCCCAGGCGGCGCCGCAAGCCCACCCGGAGAAGAACCAAGACUGUCAUCAUCGAGUAUGAGAUUGAGGAGAACGGGAAGUUCCCUAUUACCAGACGGGUGAAGAGGACUGUUAGGAAACGGAAGACCCGCAAGCGGCGGCCGCGCACCGCCGCGCGCCGCACGCUGGUCCGGCGGUCCGUGCGCGCGCAGCUCGCCGUCCUCGCCGCGCCCCACCGCGCGCCCGCGCCCGCGCCCGUCACCCUCAGCGCCGGGGUCACCGACCUCCAUGUCAGACGGGCCCGGGCGGGAAUACCGACUUUAAAUCUCUUCGGCUCCGAGAGGGACUUGGAGUACUUCUCGGAUGAAGAAGUCUCAUCGGAGGGAGCGUCAACAGUGGCAAGGGCCGUGCGACCGAAUGCGGCCGUCUUCAGUGCUUAUAGACAGGCUCGUCGUAAGAUGGUGUCCGUACCAUCUCCCCCUCACGCCACAGCAGCACCCGACCUACUGUCCGACAUAUUGGAGAGCCAAACGCUACUGCACUCUAAGCGUUCUGUAGUGUCCGUGACUGUGGAUGGACAGAUCAGCAUAAAACUGCGCGGCGAAGGCAGAGUCGAUGUCAGCAAGGCGUCGGACCCGCCUGUGCGGCGCGCGCCCUCGCACGGGCACGGGCACGGGCACGGGCACGGGCACGGGCACGGGCAGCGCGCGGGCGGCGGCUGGGGCGGCGGCUACAGCGGCAACUACCAUCGCGAACAGAGCGCCAACAACUUUGGUCGGGGGUACGAGUACGGCCCCAACGGCGGCGAGAACAACUACCCAAACCGCGGGAACAGCUACGGCGGCGCGCGGCGGGAGGAGGAGUCUUGGGGCGGGUACGGGCGCCGCGGCCCCGCCCCCUGCCCCGCCGGCCCCGCCGCCCCUUCACCCGUCGGCCCCCCCGCCCCCUGCGCGCGCCCGAGGCGGCCCGAGCCCCGGCAGCAGCCGCCUCCACACAGAUUAGACAACAGACACAGCCUGGGCCCUGCCUGGCCGCGGGCGCGACAUGAAGCCCCGGGGCCCCACCGGCACUCGUUCGGGGGCUUCGACAACCCCCUCGACAUGCGCGUGGCGCCCCACCCCCACCCCAACCCAGGACCCGCACAGGAACGCCCCUUCAGACCCCUGCCCGAACCCCCCGUCUUCGCCUUUGACAAACUACCUGAAGAAAAAUCAGAGGACGGAAGCGACUCAAGCCUAGUAAUUGACACAGAAAAAUAUGACCCAACCGAACCGACACAUGAUGAUGAUGAGGAGGAACCGCCUCAAACAUCAGCACCAGUCUUCGGACCAUUACCGGCCCCGCCGGUACCUCCAAAAAUCGAUUCUCCCCCUAAAUCCCCCGAAAUCACACCCCCGCCUACCCCUAUCACUACAGUGCCACCCCUCCCUCCCGCUCCAGCCCUCCCGGCCGGUUUACUAGAUACAGCCGUCAGACAAGUCUUACAGGAGCACAGAGCGCUAAUGGAACCCCCGCAGAAUAACUCUGAUGACGAUUCCGAUGGAGAUUGCCCUAACUUCUCUAUUUAUUCCGCCACGAGCGUACAUAUAGCGAGUGCGGGCUCUCUAGCGCCCCCUACAAUGCGUACUAAACCUGAUCUUGACAUGACUGACUUAGUCCAAGAAGAUGACGAACCUAUUAAAACUCCUGAAGAAGAAAUCAAAACUCCUGAACCGACUCCGACUAAAAAAGAUGACUACAAAGAAAAGGUUUCCAAACGCUGCCCUAUAACACCCAACACUCGAGACCCGAUCAAAAUUAAAUUAAACACUCCCUCGCUUAUAAAACGUGUUAGUCUUUACGAUGAUGAGGAUAUAGCCGAACAAACUGAGGAACCAAGUACAGAGGAGCCUGAAGCUCCGAAACCGACAAGUGACGAAGUUAAAACUGCAGAAGAGCCCCCAGAAGAUGACAAAGACAGUGAUAAAACGCCGACGGUAACGGAUGAGAACAAAGAAGAUGAUAAUGAGGAAAACGAUGACAAACAGGACAAAGAAGAUGAUAAAGAGGACAAAGAAGAAGAGCACGAGGACAAAGAAGAAGAUCAUGAGGACAAAGAAGAAGAGAAAGAAAACGCCGAUGAAGCUAAAAUCAGAAGUCCAUCGCCAAAAGAAGAUAAGACGCCCGAAAGGCCAGCGGAAGACCUUGAAGAAGGGGAAAAACAAAAUGGAACCGCCACUCCUACUAGUGAGCGUUCACCUUCAUUACAUUCUCCGCAUUCCCCAAGUUCCCCACAUUCUCCACGUUCCCCACAUUCUCCACGAUCUGAUGAUGGAACGGAGAAGGAGUUGGCCGCUAUAGCUGAUGGUGAAAAUACUGAAGCUCCAGAAAAAAUGACCGAGUCUAUUAGUGAAACUGAAGACGAACGCUCAUACACACCAUGUUUAGACGAGAACCAGAGCAAGGAUGACCUGAGACUAGAGGGCGAGGCGCUCGGCACAGAAAUGAUCUCCGAAGACGAAGCUAAUGGCGUGUUCAGUGACGCCGCCGGCUCCCCGACCCCGCCCGAGCCGGACGGCAAGAAAAAGAAACGGAAAGAAAGCAAGAAAGAUGGAAAAACUAAGAGUAAAGGAAAGAAAGAUAUAGCGUUUAGAAAGUUGAGCAAAGCGGGCCGCGAGCGGAGCUAUAGAGAUAAAGAUAGACGCCGGCGCUCAGGGUCGGGGUCACCGCGACGGGCGGCCUCCGAACGACGCAGACGCGAGAAACGCAAGGAUUUAGAGAGAUACGAUGUUCGAUCGGUCGUCACGGAGAAGAGAAAGAAACAGAAAGAUCCGUUCGGAAGGGAUGUGUCCCCGGCACAUUCCGCGUCGCCUUCCCCGCCGCCGGAACGCAGGUCCUUAUCGCGCGCGCGCCGAUCCAUAUCGCGCCCGCGCAGGUCGCCGUCGCGGCCGCGCAGAUCCUUAUCGCGCGUGCGUCGAUCGCUGUCACGCGUGAGGCGAUCGUUAUCCCGGCCGCGCCGGUCGCCGUCGCGCGCUAAACGCUCCAUAUCCAGGCGGUUAACACCCAGUCCGCGCAUUCGCCGGGCGAGUCUACGCUCUCUCACACCGUUGUCGCCGCGCGGGUCACCUCCGCGACGCUCCGUAUCGCCCCGCCGAGUCCGCAAGCGCCGCAAGUCGCCGUCACCGAGGCGAAGGGUGUCUCCUCGUAGACGGGAACCGUCGCCCGUUCGCGCCCGCAAGCGAAGACGCUCCGCCAGCCCUAAGAAGACCGGGAAAAAGAAGAAGCGCGCCCGUUCGCCCCCGGCCACUGCGCCCCGCCGCCGCGAAGAACUUCGACGCAAAUCGCCCAAGCGUAAAAAGAAGAGACGCAGCCGCAGUCGCUCCCCGGAGCUGUCCCCCGGCCCGCCGGCCGGCUGGUCGCCUCUAUCGGUCGAUUCGCGGUUGUUAUCGCCGCGCACGCCCCCGCCGGACGCGUCGCCGGCGAAACGUCUCGGCAAACGCAAGCGCAAGGAGCCGCGCCGCCGCGAACGCAUCAAAAACAAGCGCGGCAAAGACCAGCCCGCGCCCAGCAAGGAAGUAUUCACGUCCGGGGACAAUAUCCUCGUCAGUGUUAGUUUCGCCGAGCAGCAAAAGACGGUCGGGCCGGCCGAGAGACGGAAGCAUCGCGAGGCGCGGCGCGAGAAACGCAAGCGUCGACGAACGGCACCGGCCAUCGACGACAACGCGAAACCUGUAGCUAUCAUCGAUUUAGAACGCUCGCCGUUCCGCGAGCUGACUCCCUCUCCCAAAAACGUGAUCGUGCUCAGCGAUAGCGACCACGGCGAGAAGGAACCGGCCGUUCAGAAGGAGCCGGAGCCCGCCCCGGCGGCGUCGGCGUUCGCUUUAGGCGCCGUCGGGCCUAAAACGCCGCCCGAACCGGCCGCGCAGCCGGCUCCCGCCCCCGUUAAGUUUAGCCUGGCGGCCAAGCCCGGGGCGGCGCCUCGCGCGCCCAACCCGCUCCGAGAAGACGAGGAGCCGGCGCCGGCGGAAGCCGAGAACGGGCCGAACACGCCGCCCGAGCCUCCCGACUCCCCGGACGCGUACGAUCCGUUCGAGCCGACGCGGUCGGCGUCGGCGUCGCCCGCCCGCGCGGCGUCGCCGACGGCCGCGGCGUCGCCCGAGCGGCCCAGCAUGACGCUGGAGGCGGCGCAGCGGACCAACCUGUCGGCGGACGAGGUCAUCGCGAGAAGGCCGCUGUCGCCUAUUGAGAAGGUGAUGGCCCUCCUCCAAUCAACACGCGACGAGUCCCCCGAACCGGUCCCGGCGUCCGGCAACCACCUCCCCGCCCCCGCCACGCCCGCGCCCACCCCCGCCGCCCCCACCCCUACUGCCCCCCGCAUCCUCCUCCCCGAGCCCACCCGCUCCCAACCCAAACUCUUCCUCGCUAAACCUUCCCCUAUCAAGUCCAACCCUAUCAAACCCAUGCAAGCUACAAAGAUAUCCAUGCUGCCCCUGCCUCGGCACGAGGGCGGCGACUCCCCGUACUCGCCGGGCUCCAGUGACUUCGGGGAUCUGUUCUCGCCGCCGCCGGCGGGGAAGCGAGACGCGUUCGACUCGCUGUUCGGCGCGAAGCCGAUCAGACGCAAGGAUAAGUCGCACGCUAAGGUGCCGGUGAAAUUUAACAGGAAGAAGGGUAAAGGCAACAAGACGCAAGUGGGUGUCAAGAUAGAUGACGACAACCUGAAGAUUCUGGACGAAUUGCCCAGCUCAGCUGUCGAGAUGCAGGUGAAGAGCAAGUUCUUGAAGAAACUCAAUCGACAAGAACGCGUAGUGGAGGAGGUUAAGCUGGUGCUGAAACCGCACUACACACGCAAGCGCGUGUCCAAGGAGGAAUACAAGGAUAUCCUGCGCCGCGCCGUUCCCAAGAUCUGCCACAACAAAACGGGUGAAAUCAACCCCGCGAAGAUUCAAGCCCUGGUGGAAGCGUACGUGAAAAAGGCGCGCAAAAAGCACAAGCUCGGCCUCGCGUAACCUCCCCUUAGUUAAGCUAUUUAUACUUAAAUGAAGUAUGAGUGAAGUGAUCAUGUACUAGAUGAAUUCCUUAUUUAACAUAGUUUGCGAUAGAUAUAUUUCUUCACCUGUCGGAUAAUAUUAAAUGAUCGUUAAUUUAAUAAUAAAAUAUAUUUUAGUUGGAUGGAGUAUUACUAUUUGAUAGUGCGAGCUCCGUCGGCAGCGCGCGCCAUAUACAUAAUGUAAAUAAUAUGUACAUAUUUAAUUGGAGUGAAA